AUGACAAAAGAGAAAUGGGAUUCCGAUGAAUCCUGGAACAAUUACUGGGAAACACAGCUGCAUGGAAUCUUUGUUGAGUAUUUAAAGAGAUAUCUGGAAGCUGGAAAGGAAUAUUUCAGAAGGAAAGUUCAGCCUGAAGUGUUCAUCUCCAGGAGGGAGCCCAAUCGCCAGGACAAGCCGCUCACUCUCUCCUGCCUGGUCACUGGGUUUUAUCCUGCAGACAUUGAGGUGACCUGGCUAAGGAAUGGAGAGGUCAUGUCUGAGACUCAAUCCCCAGGGGUUCGACCGAACCACGAUGGGACCCAUGAGAUCCAGAAAGAGAUUGAGAUCAAUGCUGGGGAUGAGGAUCAAUACUCCUGUCAAAUUGAACACAGCAGCCUGGCAGACGCCAAGCUCUACAAUUGGGAAAUCCCAGAAAACAGUAUGGUACGUUCCCAUCUUAUACCUUUGAUUGGAUUAAUUGCUGCAAUGGCUGCAAUAUUCGGAAUAAUCAUCUGGAAAAGGCCCUGGAGAGGUUCACCAAGUGGGACCUACACAACAGCUCCCAGUUGAACAGUGGAUCCCAGAUCCGCACGUGGAUCCUGAUUCUGCAAGUGGGACCCUCUCAAGUCGUGUUUCCAUCCCGUCUCAGAAAUGUGAGCAGUGUCACCAUCAGAGGGAUCUUCACGGAUGGUUCCUCCCUCACACUUUCUCAUUCUCACUGUCUUCAGUGUCUUGACCUGAAAUGUAGCAAUGUCCUGAACUCCCUCUGAGCGAGGUUUGUACUGUAGGACGUGAAUCAUUUCUGCACUUUAUGCAACAACAUUUUAACUUUUAUGUGAAAGUCUCUAUGAAUUUUGUUACGGUCAUAUUGUUAGAUUGAUAUCUCUCUCUCACUAUUUAACUUCUACUCUUCUAUUUUUAUUCUCAUCUGUUUUAAGCUGAACUGAUCGGUUUUGCACUUUACGUAAACAGCGUGAUCAAAUGUGAACUUUUAUGUCAACUUCCUUUAUUUUAUUUGUUCACAAUCAUGUAUUUAUUGCAGCAAACAUCUGUCAUUAUUUAUC